UUUUAUACCCCUUUUCUUAACCAUAGUUAACCCUCACAUCCAUUUUUAGGUAACCCUGGUCACAUGGUUUUAACAAACUAAAUUGGAAAAAAGGCCCAAAAAAAAAAAAAAAAAAAAAAAAAAUCCACAAUUAAAGUGUGCGAGUGAGACGUUCAAUGCUAUAAAGCAUAGAGAAUAAAAAGCCAAAAGGACUAUCGAUUGUCUCUACUUCCUCCGUUGCUCCGAUAUUUAUCGCCACUUUCAUUGCUCUUGCCACAUAGCUCAAAUCGGAUUAGAGUGGCUUCAAUGGUUGCUCAGGCCAGUAGUAGUACCAGCCAAGUUUUGCCUUCUAUAUCUGUUCAAGAAAAAGGAAGUAGGAAUAAGAGAAAAUUCCAGGUUGAUCCACCUUUAGAUGACACAAAUAAGAAUCUUAAUGGGUGCCCAAGUAAUGGAUUAUCGGCUGAGAAAUUGGAGAUUACUCGGAGUCAUGGUCAUUCUGGUGGGUGCGAUAUAUGCAGCAUUAACCAAAACCAUUCUGAUACUUUGAAACUUGACAUUGGAUUGUCCAGUGCAGGUGGGUCAUCUGAGUCCCAUGAUGCUGAUUGGAGUGAUCUUACGGAAUCCCAGCUCGAAGAACUUGUUUUAAGCAACUUACACACAAUUUUCAAUAGCGCAAUUAAAAAAAUUGUUGCUUAUGGUUACAGUGAAGAAGAUGCUACAAAGGCUGUUUUGAGUUCUGGUCUAUGUUAUGGGUGUAAAGACACGGUGUCAAAUAUAGUGGACAAUACUUUAGCAUUUCUUAGAAAUGGUCAAGAAAUUGAUCCUUCAAGGGAUCACUCCUUCGAGGAUCUACAGCAGAUGGAGAAGUAUAUAUUGGCUGAAUUGGUUUGUGUUCUUCGUGAGGUUAGGCCUGUCUUCAGCACUGGGGAUGCAAUGUGGUGUUUGUUGGUAUGUGACAUGAAUUUGUCGCAUGCCUGUGCAAUGGAUAGCGAUCCCUUGAGCAGUGUACUUAGUGAUGGAGCUCCAAAUGGCACUAUCUGUGUUUCAGCCCAACUACAAUCAAGGACAGAGCCUAAAAGUUCUGAACUUGAUCUUCAGAAUCUGUGCAAACUAAAUCAUCCAAUUGCUUGUAAUCAUAAUUUUCAAUCUGAGACACUUGGCACCAGCAUGGCUUCAAAUCCUUGUGCACAUAAUUUUCAAUCUGAUGCACCCACCAUCACGAGUGUCCCAAACUUGAUAAAACCAAAAAGUUCCCUUGUUCUAAAUGGACUUGUACCUGAGAAAGAGAGUCCACAUUCUACAUCUGAUACUGCAAAUAGAUCUUUUGGUGUAGUGGGAACAUCCCAAUCUUCUGCGCCAGAAGAGAAGUUAGGAAGCACUAGAAAGGUUUAUGGUAUUACUAAGCGAGAAUGUACACCUCGGCAGAAGUCACUUACUCUGGAGAAGCACAUCCGCACAUAUUGUUCUAGAGGGCCUCCUAGAGCAGGGAAACUCGUUGGUUUUGGCAGUUUAGUUUUGGAUGAUACGCUAAAGUAUGUAUCAGAUUCUACUUGUGUUAAUGUGAAAUAUACCUCCUUCAAGAUAAGCAAGGGAAUGGGAGUUGAUAUGCCCCAAGACAAUGGGAACCAUAAUUUAUCAACACAUCUUGGGCUCCCUUCUCCAGCGCCAUUAAAUUUGGAAACUGUCAGCACCAUUUCUACUUCACCUAAAGUUAAUAUUCCAUUUGCAAUAUCGACAGUUGAUUCCCCACCAGCGUUGUCAGCUGCUGAUACUGAUCUCUCUCUUUCACUUCCUUCUAAAGGCAAUGCUGUUCCGAUGCCCAUCAAUAGCAAUUCGGAGGCUCCGAAUUGUAAUGAUGUCGGGAUGCCAUACGAUCAGUCUCCAGGGCAGUGUUUCCCACAGCACAAGAAGGAUGAAAUUAUUAUGAAGUUGGUUCCAAGGGUCCGGGAGCUGCAAAAUCAGCUCCAAGAGUGGACAGAGUGGGCCAAUCAGAGGGUUAUGCAGGCUGCUCGUAGACUGAGCAAGGAUAAGGCUGAGCUAAAGACACUGAGGCAAGAAAAAGAAGAAGUGGAACGGCUCAAGAAAGAUAAGCAAACUUUGGAGGAAAACACCAUGAAGAAGCUUUCUGAGAUGGAGAAUGCCUUGGGUAAGGCUAGUGGGCAGGUGGAGCGAGCUAAUUCUGCUGUUCGGAGGCUCCAGAUGGAGAAUGCUGCAUUGAGGCUAGAGAUGCAAGCUGCUAAAUUACAAGCAGUAGAGUCAGCUGCAAGCUGUCAGGAUGUAUCGAGGAGGGAAAAAAAGACACUGAUGAAAUUUCAGUCAUGGGAGAAGCAAAAGACCUUGUUUCAAGAGGAGCUCAUGGCUGAGAAACGCAAAUUUACUCAGCUGCAACAGAAGCUGGAACCAGCUAAAGAUGUUGGGGAUCAACUUGAGGCUAGAUGGAAAUUGGAAGAGAAGGCGACGGCCGAAUUACUAUGUCAGGCAAGCUCAGUAAGAAAGGAAAGAGAAGAGAUUGAAGCUUCAGCAAAAUCGAAGGAGGACAUGAUCAAAACGAAGGCGGAAAGCAAUCUGCAAAGGUAUAAAGAUGGUAUUGAGAAACUUGAAAAAGAAAUCUCCCUAUUGAGAUUAAAGAGAGACUCCUUGAAGAUAGCUGCUCUAAGAAGAGGCAUCGAUGGAAGCUAUGCUAGUAGACAGACAGACAUCAGAAAUGCCGCACCUUCCCAGGAGUCCCAGAUGCCUUGUAUCUCCAGAAUGGUGACAGAUUUCCAGUACCAUUCUGGGACUGGAGGUGUGAAACGGGAACGGGAGUGCGUGAUGUGCCUUUCAGAGGAGAUGUCUGUUGUUUUCCUCCCAUGUGCACAUCAGGUGGUUUGUGCAACGUGCAAUGAGCUCCAUGAGAAGCAAGGAAUGACGGACUGCCCUUCCUGUAGGAGCCCCAUCCAGCGGCGUAUUUGUGUCCGUUAUGCUCAAUCUUAACUUCAUCUCAGGAAGUGAGUUGAGUGUUCUAUUUAAUGAUUUGUAGGACUCCUUUAAAAAUAAUAUUUUUAAAAGUUCAGACAAUUCAGCUGCUGUGCAGUUGCUUGAAAAUAUGUUACUUUUUUCCUUUCUCCCUGUUAAUGGAAACUUACAGGGUUUACCAUUCUUGAACUUUGAUCUUACCUAAUUCUCAAAUCUUGGAAAUGUGUUGUCUGUUUAUACACAUUUUGUUA